CAGUUACCUGGAAUUUUUAUGAAUGGAGACUUCAUGAUAGGAGGGAUUUUCUCAAUUCAUUACUACACCAGAUCAGAGCAGAACACUUACACCUGGCAGCCAUCACAGCUGCAGUGCUCUGGAAGCAUGGAUUUCAGAGAACUGCGCUUCGCCCGUGCCAUGCAGUUCAGCAUUCACGAGAUCAACAACAGAACUGAUCUCCUACCAGGCAUCACGUUAGGAUACCAGAUACAUGAUUCAUGCUCUUCUGUGCCGAUGUCAAUAAAAGUUGCAUUUCAGUUUGCAAAUGGUGUGGAGUCAGUGUUCAAUGAUACAGAUGUCUGUGCAAAAUCUGCAGCUGUACCUGCUAUCAUAGGAGAAUCUGCAUCCACCCCGUCAAUAAGCAUGGCUAGAACGCUUGGGCUUUUUGGAAUUCCACAGGUGAGUCACUAUGCGACCUGCUCAUGUCUGAGUGAUAAGAAUCAGUACCCUGCGUUCUUUAGGACCAUACCUAGUGACCAACACCAAGCAGCUGCACUAGCAAGAAUGGUCAAGCAUUUUGGCUGGACAUGGAUUGGAGCAGUGCGCAGCGACUCAGAUUAUGGAAAUUAUGGAAUGGCAUCGUUCCUAAAGGCUGCGCAAACGGAGGGGAUAUGUGUGGAGUACUCCGAGGCCUACUACAGGACACAGCCGCAAAGUAAACUGGAGCGAGUAGCAAAUGUGAUCCGCAGAUCAACAGCCCGGGUUAUAGUGGCAUUUGUUGCAUCUGGAGACAUGAGGUUUCUCUUAGAGGAACUGGCACGACAACCACCGCCUCCACUUCAGUGGAUUGGAAGCGAAACGUGGAUUAUAGAGCCCGAAUUGUUGCGCUUCAAUAUGUGCGCCGGUGCAAUAGGGUUCGGGAUUCCCCGGUCAGUUAUCCCAGGGUUUCGUGAGUUUCUGCUUGACCUGACUCCAGCUGAAGCAUUGAAAUCGCCUCUGUUAGCAGAAUUUUGGGAAAGCUCAUUUACUUGUAACCUUAGAGGGCGAACUGAGGGCGCACGGCAGUGUGACGGCAGUGAGGACAUUCAUGCGCUUCAUAACGCGUAUACAGACACGUCUCAGUUGCGAGUCACUAAUAUGGUAUACAAAGCAACAUAUGCCAUUGCGCACGCCAUCCACGGAUUAAUAUGUAAUGACACCCAAUGCGACAAGAAUAUUAAAUUUACACCAUGGCAGAUACGUAAUCAGCUCAAGAGACUGAACUUCACUACAAGAAAUGGCUUUCAGGUCUCCUUUGAUUCUAAUGGAGAUCCUCAAGCUGCCUAUGAACUCAUAAACUGGCAGAUUGACAAGGAUGGCACUUUGGAUUUCAUAACAGUGGGCCAUUAUGAUUCAUCCAAACCACGAGGACAGGAGUUCAGCAUGAGCAGAAAUAUCAGUUGGGUUGGCAAACAGACAGAGGUACCAGUGUCUGUGUGCAGUGAGAGCUGUCCUCCAGGCACUAGGAAAGCUGUGCAGAAGGGAAGGCCUGCCUGCUGCUAUGAUUGUAUUCCAUGUGCUGAAGGAGAGAUCAGUAACAAGACAGAUUCACUGGAUUGUUUGCGCUGCUCUCCUGAGUUUUGGCCCAACACCAAGCAAGAUAGCUGCCUCCCAAAGCCUGUUGAGUUCCUGUCGUGGGACGACACUCUGGGCAUCAUCCUAACAGUAUUUUCCAUCGCUGGGGCUUUCAUGGCUGUGUGUGUGGCUGCUGUCUUUUACAAGUACAGGACCUCUCCUAUUGUUCGGGCCAACAAUUCUGAGUUGAGCUUCCUGUUGCUUUUUUCUUUGACUUUGUGUUUUCUUUGUUCACUUACUUUCAUUGGUCAGCCCUCUGACUGGUCCUGUAUGCUGCGCCACACAGCAUUUGGGAUCACCUUCGUCCUCUGCAUUUCCUGUGUUCUGGGGAAAACAUUAGUUGUGCUAAUGGCCUUUAGGGCUACACUUCCAGGUAGUAAUGUAAUGAAAUGGUUUGGACCUCCACAACAAAGACUCAGUGUAUUUGCCUUCACUCUAAUACAGGUCCUUAUUUGUGUGCUUUGGUUAACAAUAUCCCCUCCUUUCCCCUUCAAAAACAUAAAACAGUACAAGGAAAGAAUUAUCUUGGAAUGUGGCUUAGGUUCUACCAUAGGUUUCUGGGCUGUACUAGGAUAUAUUGGACUCUUGGCUCUUUUAUGUUUUAUUUUGGCUUUUCUGGCUCGGAAGUUGCCGGAUAACUUUAAUGAAGCUAAAUUCAUCACAUUCAGCAUGCUCAUAUUCUGUGCAGUUUGGAUCACCUUUAUUCCUGCUUAUGUCAGCUCUCCUGGAAAAUUCACUGUAGCUGUGGAAAUAUUUGCAAUUUUGGCUUCAAGCUUUGGUUUGAUUAUUUGCAUUUUUGCUCCCAAAUGUUUUAUUAUUGUUUUUAGGCCAGAACAGAAUACCAAGAAGUGCCUUAUGGGUAAAGUGCCCUCUAAGGCACUUUGAGAGUCUCAAAUAAAAAGCAAACUUAACAUGAAGGUCCAGCAGUUUGUCACAAUGUAUGAUGCUUAUGUGUACAUAGUUUCCAAACCUCACCAAUAUUCUUUUAGGAUAAUCAUUUUUUUUUAAUGUUUAAUUUGUGAAAAUCUAAAGUGUACAGUCAAAUAAUAAAUAUGAUUAUGCUUGCAGCAGCCUCUGCAAUACACCACUAGUAUAAGGUUGUUUUAACAUGUAUAGGGUCAUCUUUAUUAACGUUUUUACAUGCACAUCAUUACUACAAGAAUUCCUGCUGAAUUAAAAUGGAAUUUUAAUAUCCACACACUACAUGUUAGUUUUUUUAUAAUAUUUUUUUAAACCAAAAAUGAAAACCAUUCUUAAACGCUGGUUCUAAUGAACAUUUACUGAACUGUAUGCCCUCUUUCCAUUUCCAAUUAGAUAUUGAUGUGUACAUCACUCUUUAUAAACAGUAACUGAGUUCGAGUGAUCAAUAUGUGAAAGCUUAUAAGCUGCAUGUGUAUAUACCGGGUCAUUAAUGAAACGCAUGGAACAUAUAUGGCUAUAUGCAGAUAUAUUGUAAUAUAGUAAAUAAAAAUUGUGAUUCUCUGAUCUCUGACUCUGAGUCGUUAUGCCUCUUACUGACUCUGAUUAUUAUUUUUAAUCAAGCUAUUGCCAAAUUUAAAUAGAUCAAUAGCCUGUUUGUCCAUGAGUUUGUCAUUAAAUUUCACAAAAUAAACUUUACUGCACAUCCGUUUGCAUUUACUGGACAUGAACAUCAAACUAGCGCAUGGUGGCUUAGUGGUUAGGACGUUUGCUCUCACCUCCAGGGUCGGGGGUUCGAUUCCCACCGAGGCCCUGUGUGUGCGGAGUUUGCAUGUUCUCCCUGUGCUGCGGGGGUUUCCUCCGGGUACUCUGGUUUCCUCCCCCAGUCCAAAGACAUGCAUGGUAGGCUGUUUGGCAUGUCCAAAGUGUCUGUAGUGUAUGAAUGAGUGUGUAUGUGAUUGUGCCCUGCGUUGGAUUGGCACCCUGUCCAGGGUGUACCCCGCCUUGUGCCCGAUGCUCCCUGGGAUAGGCUCCAGGUUCCCCCUGACCCUGAAGAAAGGAUAAGCGGUAUGCCACACAUUCAGCAUUGGACCAGUAGUAGAGAGGACACUGGACACAUUGUGUGGCACCUGCAAGAAACACACACACAUAUUUAUGGAAGGUAUACAACGUGAUGGCUCCUACUGUAUAUCUGCACAUCAUGAAGUGUUAUAUUCAUCUUAUGCCAAAGCAAUUUGUCAACAAUUGCAUUUUUGCAAGUUAGCUCUUAAAAUCACUUAUGUUAUAGCAACUAUAAACAGUUGUUUCCUCACUUUCUCUUGAGGUAAAUAGGAUGAAAAAUUCCUUUUGCUGCAGCUGCAUUUUUAAAUGCAUAAGAAACGCAACAUCCUCUGUCAGACUUACCCAUUGUGGGAAACUUAAGAACAGUUA